CGUCAUCUCGAUCCUGUCUGCUUGAGCAUAUCAUCUACCAAUCGCCGAAGCCAUGAGAGGCCGACCCGUUGAGGUGCUCGUAUACGAGUACAUGUUUCCCAAGCCCAAGACGUUCGAUCCCCAAGACUUCCAAGCUCUGCUUCAGCGCAGCCUGAUUCCCGAAGUUCGUCAGGAGACCCAUGCCUUCUAUGGCCAUCUCGAGACGGCAGAAGCCAAGUAUCCCGGCCUGGACUAUACUCAUCCGACUCACCGCAUCCGACUCAGCCGCUGGUCAUGGCAUCGCCGACUUUUCAGAGCUUUCGACGGACUGGGCCUUACGCACGCCGAGAUUUCUGCCCUCACAAAGUGGGAGGGAACCAAGUGGGCUAAAGAAAAGUUUGAGAAGGAACAGGGUGUCUUUAUUAGAGACACCGCGGCCGAUGGACUCCCAGACUGGACAGAGCCUGCCAGUCGGGCAUCUGCUCAGCAAGGCCGAUCUGUCAGAAUACACACGAUUGACAUUUCGAGUUUGGACGACGACGAAAAUAUGGAGACGGAAGAGAGCGACGAAGAACUUGCCAGCGUCGGCGUUUCGCUGAACCAGCAACUGCGCGCGCAGGCAGCCAGGCGCGAGGCUGGCGACACGUCUGCCGUCUUGGAUGAAGAAUGGGAGCAGUGGCUUAAGAAUGCGAUUGAGAGCGGCGAGCUGGCAAUUCUCACGGAGAGGAUGACUGAGGAGAUGUUGGGCCAGUCUCAAUCGUCCAAC